GAACGACGGAUUGAUGUUGUGGGAGAGUUGGUACUAAAGGGAGAAAUUCCUGAACAACUAAAUUGGUUUACUGUCAACAGCGAAGGAACAAUCGCUGUAAGUGACAAAGAAAAACACUGUAUUCUAAUAUUCGAUAAGGAUGGAAAUUUUGUGCGAAAAUGUGGCCGCCAUGGAGAAAGGCCUGGGCAGCUGAAAAGACCAGCUGGAGUCACAUUUUUGAAUGAUGACAAGCUUCUGGUGGCUGAUGACGGUAAUCACCGCAUUCAGCAAUUCAAUGUACAGACAGGAAACUUUGUGAAGAGCUUUGGAAAGAGAGGGACUGGAGACGGCGAAUUUCAUAGACCCGAAGGCAUUUGCGUGAAUGAUAAAGGACAUAUUGUCGUAGCAGAUUACAGUAACAACAGAAUCCAGGUCUUGAACAAAGAUGGUACUUUCAGGUUCAAAUUUGGAGAGGUCGGCUCUGGAUGGCUAAAUAGACCUAGUGGAUGCAUUUAUCACAAAAACAAGUUUAUUGUAUCUGACAUUGGAGACCAAUGUUUGAAAGUGUUUGACAAUUCAGGGAAGUUCUUGUAUAAGAUUGGAGAAGAAGGCAAAGCUAAGGGACAGUUUUUAGCUCCAUCGGGUUUGUAUAUUGAGAAAUAUGGCGACUAUCACAGUCUUUUGGUGUGUGACUUCAACAAUGGACGCAUUCAGCAGUUUACAAUGGAAGGUCGCUUUGUUGGCAAAACUGUUACUGCGCUAACAAAUCCGAAAGCAAUAGCUGCAACACCUGAUGGUCGUAUUAUGUCAUCAUUGUCAUCAUUCAGAUCAUUUGAAUCUGGUGGUAAAGCUCAUGAUUUACCACCUGAAGUGCAGGCACAGUUUCUCAGGAAUGUGCACAAAAGAUCUCUUUGA